CGCUCUUGAGUUUAGGUGGUGGGAGGGGGUAAUAGAGAUUUUCUGGAGUGUCCCACCUGGCCACCUGGGAACACGCACGCACACGCACUCGAGUUGCAUUCUCUGUUGAUAUGUACGGCCGUUUACGAAACAAUAUAAUUAGGCGACCGGCGAGCAGUGACGACGACGAUACGUCAUCGUCGUCACACCGAAUCGUCACGAAACCUCAUCGCCGGUGAACGAGCAACGAUCGAGUGCGUGCAUGUCAGUGUGUGCGGACGCGUGUGCCUCGUGUCUAAUAAUAUUUAUUUAUUUAACUUUUCUUCUUUGCGGGCGCCGGUAGUGUAAAACGACUACUUUAGCCGCCGCCACAACAACAAUAAUAAUAAUAAUAGUGUAAUCGUACUUUGACGCCGCGGCGUAUAAAACGUGCGGUCCGUCGGUCGCACGCGUUCAGUCCGCAUUAACGACCGUGCACGGCGGUCGCGAGCAACCGACCACGCACACCGGAUCCUCCGCGUACGAAUAACGCACUCUCGCCGCCCGCGCACGCAGCUAUAGACAGCGUAUAGCCCCGGACCGCGGUCGCGUGCAUCACCAUCGCUUCCCGGACCGUGGUCGUAUACAAUAAUACGACCUCUUGCGCGCGAAACGCAAACACCGUCCGCAUCGAUUAUUAUUUUUGUACAUUUUGAGCUGAUCGUAUUCGCGGACGGACGGUACAUAUCAACGACGUGCUUACCGCGAUCUCCUCGUAACAUAAAAUUAUAAUAUUAUGAUGGGCAGCAGCGCCGACGUCUGGUGGUCGCACGUGCCGGUCGUCGGCCGCGCGGUCCGGUUCGCCGUGCUUUUGAUCGUUCUUCGGCUUGCCGAUUUCAUGACGGCGGUGACUUGCGCCGCGGCUGCCGACGACGACAGACACCAGCAACACCUUCAGCAGCAGCAGCACGUUCAUCUCACUGAACUGGGACGUAACAUAAUCAAAGGGCUGAAACUGGAAAAGUUACCGGACAUGACCAAGGUGGACAUCAGCAACGAUGAAUUCCAUUGCAAGUAUUUGGAAUAUUUCCGGCGAUUGUAUGAGGAUGAAUCAGAAUUUUACGAUCCCGACAAAAACGAUGAUGUAACAAUGGCAGCGGGUUAUGAUAAUGACGAUGACCACGACGUAUCCGCGAUACAAGUACGGGGCCGAGUGAAACACUUCGGCGGCGAUGACAGAGACGACGAAACUCCGCGGCUACUGACAGAUGAUGACGUUGAUGUGCUAACUACGACGAUUACGUUCCCGAUUGAUGAGACGAUGGUGAGCGGCAGCGGCGGCCGCGUGUCGGUCAUCAAAUCGGUGGCCCGAAUCUACGCGGACGCCCCUCAUGUACGGGUCCAAGUGUACGGCCGUCUCCUCAAGUCAGCCGGUGCUGUAUCGCGGGAAAACCCAUCCUUUGUCACCGAUCUCACGUGGCCGAGCGGCAGCGAUGGAAGGUGGAUAGACGUGGACGUCACACGCCUGUUACGGCCGCGGAAACGUCACCAUCGUGGUGAUGCGGUCGCCACGUUUCUGGAACUGUCGUUGCGGUAUUCGGCAACGGCGGCCGGAACGAUCCAUUUUGGAAACGAAACGGACAACGAUGACGGCCGACAUCCCGUUCUGCACGUUUUCAUGGACGGAGUAGUUGGAGACGGCGUGCGUUCUGCGACCGUGGCCGUCCGAUGCUCCGGCGAAGCGAAACGGAAUAAACGGGACGGCGGCGGGAGCCACGGUCGUGGUAAAAAACGUCGUCGGCCUGCCUCGUCCGGUCGUGUCCGGCGCACCGACUGCAAGGCCGAAACAUUGGUGGCUGCGGGGAACGAGAACGGGACCGAGCAUGGCGGAGGAGGGAACAAAUGUUGCCGGGAACAGAUGCGUGUCGUUUUCGCCGACAUUCCGGGAUUCGAUUUUAUCGUCGAGCCCAAGUGGUUCGAUGCGGGCCUUUGCCGGGGACGGUGCCCGGCUAAGUACAAUCCGGCCACCCGGCACGCAUUCAUUCAGAGCCUGUUGUGGAAACAGCACAACAACAAUCGUCGUGGAGGGGAGAAGCGGUCCCGGAGAAAGGUCCGCCACGGCGGUGGUAGCGCGGUGGCAGCCACGACAAGGGCCCCUCAGCCUCCGCCCAAACCGUGUUGCGCGCCCAGCAAACUCGACCGGCUGCAGAUCAUUCACGUCGACGAAAUGGAUCCGAGCUCGUUGAAGGUGACCACGUGGAAAGAAAUGGCCGUCGUGGAAUGUGCGUGUUCGUGAUAACCUGCGGGUUAAGUUUGACUCAAGUGCAGAAUGCACUCUCACCCCAUCUGACACCUACCCCUUCACCGAUUAUAGUAUUAUUUCAUUGUUGUGAAAUUGAGCAUGCUUAAACAUUAAUUAUCGUAUGCGAUGUAUGCAAUAUUGCAGUCCGGCUGGGAAUGGUUUUUUUUUUGUCUUCGUUAUUAUCGUUUAAUUAUAUUGUUGUUUGCGCGUUUCUUUAAGAGCGUGUGCCUUAUAAUAUACCUUUACUAUACUUGGUAAUUUAAUCAAUUAAUAAUGCUGCCCAAAUUUCAAAAUGAUUUUUUAUCACUCCGGUUUAAAGAUGAUAUAUUUCGGAUAACGAUCUUAAACGGCAAAACAUUAAUUACUUGGUACUUUUUAUUUAGAGCAUUUUUAUUUAUUUAUUUAUUUAUUUAUUUAUUUAUGUAGGUAGUAUUGUAUACUCAAUGCGGUUUUUCGGUAUCUCACAAAUAUUGAAAAAUGUCAAAGAUAAGGGUGGCCAUGCAUAAAUAAUGACUAAGAAACAGACCUGAAUCUUUAAAAUGUAUUAUAGCUCUAUAAUAGGUAAUAAGGAAAGAUUUGUUGAUCUCGGCGCCGCAGUCGCAUAGUGUUUAAGCAAUUUAACAAAUAUUACGUAGGUAUUAUGUAUGCGAUAUAUGCGCGUUCGAUGACGAAUCGCCAAGAUGUACGGGCCAAAAAUAUAUUAAACUAUUAUUAUUUAUUGUAUAAUAUGCUCAAAAUGAUCUAACGAAUUUUAUAUUGUUUACGAGUUUAAUAUAUUAUAUUAUAUAGUUUAUUACGCAUUAGUUACAUUUUCUAUUAUACAAAUAUAUAGCUAUUAAUUCCAAUGUUUAGACUUUAGACGAGUGUUCAUAAUAUAUAAUAAAAAAGUUUUGUUGGUUUUGUAUAAAUAGGUAGCGUAAGAAACCCGCAAGAGCCCAACUUGUGUUCAUAUAUUUUUGUAUAAUAUUUAUAAUCUCAGAAAAUUAAUACUUUAAAUUAUUACUAUUAUUAUAGUAAGUAUUUAUAAAAACGAAUCGCGGUCAAGUUCAAUGUCGCUUAAUUGAAAACAAUAACGCGGUCGUCUGUACUCCGUAACACCCGUUCGUUUAUUUAUGAAUUAUAGUUUGUAUUUUAUCUCUGAAGCUACUAUUUUAAAACGUUUAAGCGCUCUCUGUAGUUUUAAGCGUUAUUGCAAAUAUUCACAACUAAAAUAUUAUUUUUUUUAGCUCUCAUUAAGGUGUAGAUAAUUAAGCAUUAACUAUACUCUAUUUUGUAUAUGAUAUAUUUUAAUACUUUAAUAUAGAUACACCGUCGUCACUGUGCAUAACUGACGUAAAAUAUUAUAAAAUGAUUAAUUUUGAACUCCAAUAAUAUAAUAUGACUAGGUACCUAUAUGACAUUUAAAUAUGGUAUGAUGUAUUUUUAUUACCCACGUGGGCAAGAAGUUAUAUAGCGUAAUAUUCUUAAGCACGAGUUUAAUAUUAGCCUUAGCUCAUUAUUUUUAAUAUUUUUUGUACAAAACCACGAUCGGACGUAACGGCAUAUUAUAUUAGGUAUAUUAUAGUAUUAUCAUGAUUAAUGCGCUAUGUCCUCAAGGUGAAUCCCAUCCUAUUUUAAUCAUAUUAUAAUAUUUUAAUUUGUAUUCUAUAUAAUAUCACAUAGAUAUUAUAGUAUAAGCAUUUUUUGUUUUUUUUUUUUUUUGUAGUACUCGUGUUUAGCAAUAAGUAAUGUGUUUUUUUGCAGUACAUUGUUGUUUUGUAUUUUAUAUUUCAUUUAUAUUUUAUGUAUAUAUUUUUUUACUGUAUAUACCUACUCAGUACUCAUCGACUAAAUUAUAUCGCAUUAUAAUAUUAACGCAAUCAGAAAGUGUCAACACUUGAAACAAUUGUUAGCUAUUCUCUUUAGUAUUUACAAUCCUUUUAUCAAAUGUAUAAAAAAAUAAAUCUUAAAAUAAUUUUCCAAACGAUCACAUCCAACAUACAUUUUACAUUACGCGCGUUAUCACCUAUACAUAGAUACAUAAAAUGCAAUAUUUGUAUGCGUGAAAUAGUUUUGUUACCGGUUUCAUAUUUGGCUCCGAAUUUUACUGUUAACCACGGUUUUAUACUAUCUAAAUAAACAAUAAAUUGUCCAACCUUAUGUUAUUAAUUUAUAUAGACAAACGAUAGGUAACGCUAUAAGGAAUACGUGAUUAAAAUACUAUUACAUUUUAAGCAAUACCUAUAUUUUGACUGUGAUAUUUUUUACCUAUUAUUAAUGUUAUUAGUAGUUAAAAGUAUGUAGCUAAAAUAAAUAGCUAAAUGUAGUUUGAAUUAAAUUUUUCUGUUUUUUUUUUUUAAAUAAAUUAAUAAUAGUUAUUGUCAUAAUAACACGUGACAUUGCGAUUACCAUAAUAUUGUGUCAUCUGUGGUAAUGAGACGCCUGUAUAAUGCGUUUAAUAAUAUUAUAAUGAUUGUGAAAAGAAUAAAUGUCUUUGCGUUACGUU